AUGUGGCAUGGAAACCUAUGCCCUAUGGAAGAAUUGCGGUCUGGCUCUAGCAGCAAGUUUGAGAUUGCUCGCGUCUCUUUCCUGGUAUGGUUGGCCACGUCGGAGCCGCUCUUCCUAGAUGGCUGCGCGCUGACCUUGUUGGUGUGCUCCUGUCGCCUCAAGGUCGAGGACAGGCCGCUUGCAACCCUAACGGAUUUGUUGCCCUUUCCGCAGAAAAGGGGUGCUGGUAAACUGGCCAAGCUAGUUCUGAUCGCGCUGGCGACGCUGCAUGUAGGAGUCAAAGUGGAGUCGAGGCUUCUGGAAGACAAGCGCCGGCAGUGGAACGCUCAGCACGGAUCUGCCUAUGAAGAGGGGCGUCCCUCGAGCAAAAGCAGAAAAGUUUACUGCGUAUCCUGGACUAGUCAUGGCUUUUCUUCUUCCCGUCAGUGGGCGUGUAGGGUGGGAGGUUGGCAGCGUAUUUAG